GAGGCGUUCUCGCCGUGUUGGCUCUACGGAGAUUUCCAAAAAAAGAAAGUUGAAAGAUCAAAAAGGCCUUCGCUGCUGAUAUGGUUUUAGGCUCCGCCCACUCGAGCAGCUCGCGUGUGCUCCGCUCGCCUUUCAAACGCAGACCGCCGCAAGAAGCAGGAUGUUGUCUCGGACCCUGUCCCGCUCAGUCGGGAGCGCGAGAUGUUCGGCGCCCGGCGGGAGCGUCUUCACCCCUUUGCCCGAUCGUCGGUUUUCCCGCCGUUACGGACGCGUCGGCACCGCAGACUCUCACGGGACUCCGGCGUCAACUUCUUCAGCCCGUCCCAAAUCGUACAGUUACGUCGUCGUCGGGGCGGGCUCGGCAGGCUGCGUUCUCGCCAACCGCCUGACGGAGGACGCCCGGGAAUCGCUCUUGUUGCUGGAAGCCGGGCCGAAAGACUUGUGGCUCGGCAGCGUACGGUUGUCGUGGAAGAUCCACAUGCCGGCUGCGCUGACCUACAACCUUUGCGACAACAAGUAUAACUGGCACUACCACACUUUGCCUCAGGCCCACAUGGACCAGCGGGUCAUGUACUGGCCGAGGGGGCGCGUCUGGGGCGGCUCGUCCUCGCUCAACGCCAUGGUGUACGUGCGCGGGCACGCCGAAGACUACGACCGCUGGCAGAGGGAAGGCGCGGAGGGCUGGGAUUACGACGGCUGCCUGCCUUACUUCCGGAAGGCGCAGUGCCACGAACUGGGCGCCGACAGGUACCGCGGCGGCAGCGGCCCGCUGCACGUGUCCCGGGGGAAGACCGACCAUCCUCUUCACCGGGCUUUUAUCGAGGCCGGGCAGCAGGCGGGAUACCCGUUCACUGACGACAUGAACGGAUACCAACAAGAAGGCUUGGGCUGGAUGGACAUGACCAUUUUUAAAGGGAAGAGGUGGAGCACAGCCAGCGCCUACCUGAGACCGGUCCUGGAUCGACCCAACCUGAAGACCGAGGUGCGCUGCCUGACCACCAAGAUCCUGUUCGAUGGCCGCCGAGCUGCGGGCGUGGAAUAUGUGCAGAACGGAGAGACGAAACGGGCGUUUGCGGAUAAAGAGGUGAUCCUGAGCGGCGGCGCCAUCAACUCCCCGCAACUUCUGAUGCUGUCCGGCGUGGGGAACGCCGACGAGCUCAGGCCGCACGGCAUCCCCGUGGUCCAACACCUACCGGGUGCGUUUGGCAACAUUCCUCGGUCGACAGGAGACGUCGUUGACGCCGAUGCGUUCUCAGGCGUGGGCGCCAACCUGCAGGAUCAUUUGGAGUUGUACGUCCAGCAGAAGUGCACUCAGCCCAUCACGCUGUACAAAGCCCAGAAAGCUUUCCGCAUGGUCCAGAUAGGCCUGGAGUGGCUCUCGCUCUUCACCGGUUACGGAGCGACGGCGCACCUGGAGAGCGGCGGCUUCGUCCGCAGUCGGCCGCGUGUGCCGCAUCCAGACAUCCAGUUUCACUUCCUGCCCUCGCAGGUCAUCGACCACGGGCGGGUCGCUUCAAAGAUAGAAGCUUAUCAGGUUCACGUGGGACCAAUGAGAAGCACUAGUGUCGGCUGGAUGAAGCUGAAGAGCCCCGACCCCCGGGACCACCCGAUCCUGCAGCCCAACUAUCUCGCCACAGAUGUCGAUGUUUUGGAGUUCAGAGAAUGUGUCAAACUCUCCCGGGAGAUUUUUGCCCAGAAGGCCUUCGACCCGUUCCGGGGCGCCGAAGUCCAGCCCGGUCCUCGGAUCCAGUCCGACGCCGACAUCGAUGCCUUCGUGCGCCGCAAGGCCGACAGUGCGUAUCAUCCGUCGUGCACGUGCAAGAUGGGCGCGACCUCCGACCCGACGGCGGUCGUGGACUCCCGGACGCGCGUGCUCGGCGUCGAGGGCCUCCGCGUGGUCGACGCGUCCAUCAUGCCGAGCAUCGUUAGCGGCAACCUCAACGCACCGACCGUCAUGAUAGCGGAGAAGGCCGCCGACCUCAUCAGAGGUCGCCCGCCGCUGGUUGACCCGCAGGUUCCGGUGUAUCGGCCGCCGACGCUGGACACUCAAAGAUAAAGCCACGACAUUUACUUUCCCAUCAUGUUACUACACAGAAGAUACAUGCGCAUAUCCCAAUCGCGAGUUAAUCACAGGCCUCAGUUAGGAAAGCCUUCACACAGGAAGCAAUUGCACAUCUGCAUUUACUGUACGUGACAAACGACAGCUGGUCGCGACCGAUGACACUUGGGAGGAGAGCGACAGCGUCAUUGAAGGGACAAACUUCAGGUGUGCACAACAACAUGGUUUGCUUAAGCUAAUGCACUCAAAUAUAGAAAAACACGCGUGUAAAAUAACGGAUUGAUUCAAAGAAACAAAGGAAUAGUGUUAGCGAUGCGCUAAUGACUAUAUAUAUAUAUAUAACCGAUUCUAACUUUGUCUGGCUCAUUUAAAUACAGGUCGACUUCAUCCAAAUGACUCCGUAUACAUCUGUGCUACAUCUACUGAGCACAGUUUUUUCUGGAGGGGUAAAAAAGAGAAAUGUGUGCUGGUUUUCACGUUACGUGUAUGCAUGUUCUUCUCUUGCUUGGGUGGGUGGGUUUCAUCGAUAGACACUUGCUUCCUCCCGCAUUCCAAAACAUCCAUGUUGGGAUUAUUGAAGAUUCUCAAUUUUGCAUUGGUGUGUUUGCAAUUUGCAACCAGUCAGCUGUGAUAGGCGCUGAUUCACCCUUGACCCAAAGGAACACAAAUGCAAAUUGAUAGAAACGUCUCCAAUCUCAGGUGUGUUUGACGUUCGUUAAAUGGCGCCGGCCAAUGAAAAACAAUAUGUUUGCUAACGAGCCAUGUUUCAAACGCUUGAUCAGUUCAUCGGCCGGCGAUCUUCAUCUGUUGUUUCUUUUCAUCUUCGAUUCCUAAAUUGAGGUCACGGCAAUGCGCUUUGUUUUAUCUGAAAAGAUCACAAGUGAGCAGUCGUCUUCCUUCCUCAGUACGUGACUUUGCGCUCACUUGUACCGUCGCGGGACGUCGGCCCCAAAUUGACACAGAGCAGAGAACUGUUCAAAAAACCCAUAUGGCAGACCCUUGAGAAGGCAGAAGCCUUCGUGCGGGUUUGGUUUCCACUCGCAUCUGUUUCAACCGUGACACUGGAAUCUUCCAGCUUUGAUUGCGUAACCUUAAUCUUUUCCCGUACACAGAAGAAGAAGAAGAAGAAGAAGAAGAAGCAGCGCUUGGUUUACUGGCAUGGCAAAAUGCUUUUUGCUUUUUUGUUUUGUUUCGGGGGAGUGUUGCCAUGGCCACUUCUUGUUACGUAGAAUUCGGUUUCCGCAUCCCAAAAAAGGCCACAUGCCUCAUGACUAAACGAGGGGCUCAUUUUGCAAUACUACAAUGACCGAAUAUCAAAUAGCCACUGUGCAAGUCUUACAAACUCGAGCAAAUGUCGUGUUUUACCAUUUCCUACGUCAUACGGAUGUUUAUUGAUCUUUAAGCAAGUGGAAAUUGCUACCUGCGAAGAUGAUUGGAAGAUAUUGUUCAUGCAGUAGAAGGCCGCAUCGUAGUGGCGUCAGUAGUCAUAAACUUUAAACACUUGAAAGCGGGCAAAAUUGCCGUAAUGACCCCCUACAAUAGCAGCUAGCAUAUAAUAAUACAAAACUAUCAUAACAAUUGCUCAUUGUCAUUGCCGUGACAACUCUUGGUCACCAACUUGUGAGGUUGAACUUUUUGAAUUCACGAGCUUGUCAUUGAACCAAUGUACAUUUCUUUAUCACGCCCAUCCAUUUUCCAUACUGCUUUAUCGUCACGCGGGUCGCGAGCCUAUCCCGGCCAUCUUCGGGCGAGAGGCGGGCUACACCCUGAACCGGUCGCCAGCCAAUCGCAGGGCACACAAAGAAACAAACAAGCAUUGGCUCUCACUUUCGCACCUACGGGCAAUUUAGAGGCUUCAAUCCACCUACCACGCGUGUUUUUGGGGAUGUGGGAGGAAACCGGAGUGCCUGGAGAAAAGCCACCCGGGUUUGUUUACCACAGUGUCUUGAGAGGAAAAAAAUAAAGAAUAAUGAAAUUGCGCUUCUUAAAUGAAGGGGGAAACAACGAUUGGUAUUGUUAUUAAGCAAAUUUGAGCAGUUGCACAUUGAACGCACUGUGAUAAUUAACAUGUAACGAGUCCGAAGUGUCUCAGUAAGCUUUGCAAAAACUUGAAUGCUACGACAUGAAAUGCGCUUUUUAAUGUUGAAAUCAUCUUAAAUGUGUUCAUUGUAAAAGGGAAAACAAUUAAAAGCCUUCCAGCUUU